GAGGAGACGGCCAAGGGCCUGCGCCACUUCUCGGAGAAGGUCUGCAAGAAGGUCGAGGAGAAGGGCUCGACGACGCGCGGCGCCCGCGCCCGCGCUUCCGCCGCGCGGCCGCCGCGCGCGGGCCGACGCGCUCCCGCCCCCCCCAGGUACAACGAGGUCGCCGACGAGCUCGUGAGCGAGUACCUCGAGGAGCAGGCGCGGCUCACGGGCCAGCGGCCCGACGACGAGAAGAACAUCCGGCGCCGCGUCUACGACGCGCUGAACGUGUUGAUGGCCAUGGACAUCAUCUCCAAGGAGAAGAAGGAGAUCAAGUGGUGCGGCCUGCCGUCCUACGCCGACAGCGACCUCGACGUCGCGAGCCGCGACGUCGACCGCGCGCGCAAGUCCGUCGCGCGGAAGCGGCGCCACGUCGAGGACCUGCUCCGGCAGCAGUCCGCGCUCGCGAACCUCCGGCGGCGCAACGCCGCGCGCGGCGGCGGCCCGGCGGCGGGCAGCCCGGCGAGCGGCGAGGCCGCGCCCCACCUCGCGCUGCCCUUCAUCGCCGUCGCGACGCGGAAGACGACGACGGUCCGCUGCGAGAUGACCGACGACCGCCGCGAGGUCUUCUUCGACUUCUCCGGGCCCUACGAGAUCAUCGACGACGCCGACGUCCUCAAGCGCCUCAAGCUCCACGAGCCCCAGCCCGACGAGCCGCCGCCGCCCGACGAGCGCGCGAGGACCGACUCCGAGGUGAAGAUGCCGCCGCCGCUCCCCGUCAUCGAGCCGCCCAAGCCCGCGGAGUCGGCGUGA